UUCAUGUUGUGCUGCAUAAUUGUUUUUUCCCGAGUUAUUCCUAUUUAGUACUUCAAUAGUUCAUGUCCAUUGUUAGGCAGCUUUUGAUUUUUCCUUUCUUUUUUUUUCGCUUAAUUAACAUAUACUGUACUAUUAUAGAUACUGCAUGAUAAGUUAUGUUAUCAGUUCUCGCUGAGGACUUCUGGAUGUACAUGUAAAAUAGAUCAGGACCUCGCUGAGGGCUAUGGCAAGAUUUUCGUAUGAUAGUUACAAAAUAAAACAGGUGAAAGGUGAAAAAGCUGAGAGGAUAUCAAAGAAACGGAGAAAUUGAAGCAUGCAAUCAAAGAUUAACAGUUUCUUUAAGCCUUCUUCUUCAUCUCCUGCACCCAAGAGUGAAGAUCCAUCUCAAUGUUGCAGCGUUGAGUUCGAUUAUGGGAGGGUACAGCCAGAAAUUGUGGUCACAUACCAGCGAAGACCUCAAAAUUCAAUUGGUGAAACGAAUGGUGCAUCAACUGGUGAAACAUCCAAGGAAAUAGACUUGGAGAAUGUUGUGCCAAACCUGGAGGUGGCAAAGUCAGGGAAAGUUCUUAAUAAGAAGAGAAAGUACGCCCAAUUCUAUUUGGAACUGGGUCAGUCUGAUUUUUUAUUACAUACUUGUACUGUCUGUGGCUUCAAGUAUGCUAAAGGUGAUGAAGGGGAUGAAAAGUUUCACAAGACGUUUCACAAGAAUUAUACGCAUGGUAUUCCAUUUAAGGGUUGGCGGUAUGAAAAAAUUCUUCGAAUUCCUUCACUGGAAAUUGGACGAAUUAUCCUGGUGCUGGACGAUGACCCUCCUCCUCAGAGAAACAAGGUACAGGAAGUUGUGAAGAUGAUGGAGAUGGAUCUUGGAGAUGGGUGGAUAUAUCAUCAGCUAUGCAAGGUGUAUCUGUUUAUAUCUUCUCAAAGAAUAUCUGGAUGUCUGGUAGCAGAGCCCAUAAAGAAGGCGUAUAAGAUUCUCUCAAGACCAGAAGACAGCAGGUGUGAUGUUUCACCUGAGAAGGAAGCAAGACGGACUUCAACCACACUCCAAUUUGGGGGAGUGAGUUUCCAGAGGGAAACGGUUAGAAGAAAUCAAUCAACCAAAAGCCGUGAAGAGCCCGAUGAAAGUGUCAGUGGAGUAGUCUUGUGUGAGAAGGAAGCUGUAUGUGCAUUAUGUGGCAUUAGAGCUAUUUGGGUUACUCCCUCCAACAGAAGAAAACAUAUAGCCAGCUAUUUGCUGGAUGCUGCUAGGGAAAGUUUUUGCAAGGAUUUAGUUCUUAAACGCUCAGAGUUAGCCUAUUCUCAGCCAACCUCAGUUGGAAGGGCCCUCAUCUCCAAUUACACAAGCAGUCACUCAUUCUUGGUUUAUACACCUUCUGAUGUGUAGUAAGGAUUUAAGAAAUAGCAUGUUAAUUUUUUUCAGCCAAGUAUAUUACAGUUAGUCUAGUAAUUUACUGGAUAAUCCAUCUAUGUUCAUGCGCGCAAAGCUAUUAAUUUAUUUGUAUUAACUGGAGCAAACAAAGCUAUUCUUACCCAGUAUAAUACAGGGUUAACAUAAGAAUCUUGCCAAGCUCUGUUACAUGUGUUA